AUGCCAGCCCAGCGACCGCAGGCGGCUUUCGAGCCGAUCCCUCCAAACAUCGAUGUGCCCGCGCUAGUCGAAUCGACACCAAACUUUGAAUGGGUUGUUAGAAUACCUUGCGAUGCAAUCUAUGAGCAAGGUUUAGAGAACUUUGAGAAACUUGUCCGCUUGCAUGUGAUAACUGGUGGGAAGCCCUUGGUCGUGGAGGGCUACGAUACCAGAUUCGAAAAGUGGAUUUUUGCAGAGCAAUGGCUGAGAGACAAUCUUUCUUCGAAGUCGGAGGUUGCGAGAAACCUCACAGCAAAAACCAACAUCCCUCUUUCCAUCGGACAUUAUCUCAGCAAUAUGCCUAUGUUGGCGGAGCAAAUUACCCCCCAAAAUUUCACUGAACCAACGCGCCAGCGGAUCUAUCUCAAGGAUAUCGAUUGUCCCGAUGUUUGGCAUGAAAAGCUGAGGGAUAUCAUACCGCCUUUUUUGUUCUACAUGAACGAAUCGACGCUCGAUCCGACCUAUUUGUCACAAGACUUUGCAAAAGCUGGCGAUCUAAUGAGCAGUCUUCCAACCCCAAUGCGGGCAGAAAAUCUUAUGUGUUACAUCGGUCAUGAAGGCACAUAUACCCCUUGCCAUCAAGAAAUGUGCGCGACUCUUGGACAUAAUAUCAUGGUGGAAACCUCGACAGGAACCUUCGAGCAUGGAAAACGGACAAAGCCUGGCUCUUCGAUCUGGUUCAUGACCGAGACUAAGGACCACCAUCUAGUCUCCGAAUAUUGGUCUUCCAUCCUUGGUCAUGACAUCGACUUGGAAGAUCAUUUUGCGCAAAUAAGUGCUUGGAAAGCAGCCCCAUUUACUACCUACGUUGUUGAACAAAGAGCCGGCGAUUUCAUACUCAUUCCGCCUUUGGCGCCCCACCAGGUGUGGAAUCGAGGCACUCGGACAAUGAAGGUCGCGUGGAAUCGUACGACCGUUGAAACACUAGAAAUGGCACUCGAGGAGGCGCUCCCACGUGCAAGAACUGUUUGUCGAGAUGAGCAGUACAAAAACAAGUCAAUCAUCUACUUCACAUUGGAAAAAUACUCGGGACUUCUCGCUGCUGCCGAGAGGCUCAACACCAAGACGACUAAAGUUCGCCACCUACAGAAAGACUUUAAAAAACUAUACGCGAUGUUUACAGCCAUCAUGCUCUCUGAAAGCUUUUCGAACGAGUUUUCUGAAGAGAGCAAGGUUGAAUUUUUACCCUAUGAUAGCAACGUUACGUGUUCUUAUUGUCGAUGCAAUAUCUUCAAUCGGUUUCUUACAUGUACACAUUGCGUGGGGAAGUUUGCAAAUGGCGAAGAUGAUUGUUACGAUGUUUGCAUGGAAUGUUACGCGAUGGGUAGAAGCUGUGGCUGCAUCUCCAACCUCCAAUGGGUCGAGCAAUUUCCAUGGCAGGAACUGGUUCGGAAGCACGAAACUUGGGGGAAGCAAAUAAGCAGAAUGCAGAACCUCAAAAUGCAGAAUCCCAAAGAGGAUAGAUACGUAUCUCUGUCUACCGAACGUUUGCAUCUAGGUCACAGAACACUAGCCGAAGUUUGUCAGUUGGAAUUGAUGAGAAGACCAUGGGUUGACAUUACAAAGCAUACAUUCGACGAAAGAGAAGGACUCGAUAGCCAAGAUGACGAGGAUGACCAAGGUAGUGGUGAUGAACGGCGCGUAAAGAAGAGGAAAGUUCAUCCCAGGGACAAGCUAGCCAAGGAACAAGCUAGGUGUCACAUAUGCAAAGCUCUUGAGCCUACUUGGAAGCUCGCAUUCUGUCUUACUUGCUCGCUGCACUACUGUUAUGGUAGUCUUUUCAGGGCAUUUGAGAUCAAGCCUCAGGAGGUGAUGCAAACGUAUCGCUGGGAAUGCCCAAGGUGUCGGAAAAUAUGUAGUUGCGGUGCCUGUCGCCGGAAAUUCACUACCCAGCCAUACGAACCGAAGGGUCUUACACUAGGCCACGAUACGAGGAAAGUAGCCGAUCCACGAAGUGUCGAAGCUCUUGUCAAUUUCAGCCACUCAAAUAUUGGCUGGCUGAAGAAAGCCGGAGAUGGUACCUCCGACUCGACCCGGCGGUUACAGAGACACCAAGCAGAAGCAGAGCAAGCGAAGAUGCAGGAAGCUUUCGCAGUUCAAGACGAUGAUGCAUUGUUCGUUGAACAACCUGUGCAAAAUGGGUACUCAAAUACAGAAUCUACCUUUCAUGAUGGUGUUCCGAUUGAUCCAGCCCUCGGUGGACCACCCGCUGCGCCAUCCCAUAAUUUUGACAUAUAUGAUCCUUCAGUCCACCUGCCCGAGCUUGCUGCAAGAGUACACCAAUUAACUCAGUCAAGCGCCGUGCAUGGCUUGACGAGGAGUGAGGAGGAAAUUCUCCGUGACGCUGCUGCAAUUCGAUUUGAGAUGCCUUCUGGCAAUAGGCUACAUGUAGAUCUCACUCAGGACGUUACCACGGAUGGCAACGCAACGUAUGGUAUAGACCCAGGCCUAUUACAAACGACCAUCGGCGGUGAAAAUGGUGCUCUUCCACGUGCAGCAAACCACAUACCAGUUGUCCAGAGCAAAUCACGUCCUCGGAAAAAUAAAGGUCAAUUGGUUGUCCGCUUAAGAUUGGGCCAAGAGCACAUGCACGCUAUAGCACAAACAUACAAGGAUCAGCCGAGCCCCAAUGCUGCCACGAUCAUCACAUCCGAUAUUCUUCCAUUCCAAGAUGAACCCUUGCCGACCCCCGAAAACUCGAGGAAGAAACGGCGUCGUGGUGAGAAAGACGACGAUUUUAAGGUAUGGCGUAAGGGCAGGAACCCACCGCAGACUUUGGAGACAGAUCAUCAUCCUGAGAAUGGUGACAAGCGACGGAGGGCCGUGAGAAUCGCAAAUUAUUAUGAGAAUUCAGAUUUGGAACUCUCGGACGGUGUUUAG